AUGUGGCAUUUCUGCGGUACUACUGAAGAUUUCUGCGGGGAAGGAUGUCAGAGUGGGUGCAGCGAAAUAAAGAGACCUUCAUGCUCCGGGACCUCUACGAAGGGGCGGUACAUUGGCUAUUUCGAGAGUUGGGUCUACGAUCGUCCGUGUGACGUGCUCCAUCCAUCAAAAAUCAAUACUAAGCCUUGGACGCACCUCAAUUAUGGGUUUGCUCAGAUCAACCCGAAAGACAAUACGCUGACUUCAAUGCACCACUAUGACGAGAAAUUCUACCGCGUGUUUACAGACUUGAAAAAGCAAAAACCGUCUUUGAAGUGUUUUAUUUCAAUAGGCGGAUGGGAUGCCGGCGGCAAGGUCUUCUCUGAUAUGGCGAAAUCCGAGGACUCCCGAAAAUCAUUUAUUUUCUCGGUGAUCGACUUCAUGAAAAAAUACGGUUUCGAUGGCGUUGAUAUCGACUGGGAGUAUCCAGUGGCUGAUGACCGGGGGGCCUCAAAAGAGGAUUUUAAAAACUACGUCCGACUUCUGAAAGAGCUGAAGACUGCUAUAGCCGACAAGUACGGUCUAACCGUCGCACUUCCAGCUUCCUACUGGUAUUUAAGAGGAUUUGACCUUAAAGGAAUGUCCGAAUAUGUCGACUGGUUUAAUGUUAUGACAUAUGAUAUUCACGGUACCUGGGAUGGCAACAGCAAAUGGACGCAGAGUGUCGUCAACCCUCAUACAAACUUGACUGAAAUAUCAGCAGCUCUAGAUCUUUUAUGGAGAAAUUCUGUCCCCCCAGAAAAGGUUUCUCUAGGCCUAGCAUUUUACGGCAAGUCAUUCACACUAGCGGAUCCUAGCUGUUCAACUCCGGGCUGCCCUUUUAAAAAGGUUGACAAUGAGACGGCCGGUGGGGCUCAGCCGGGGCUAUGUACUCUGAACAGCGGCACGCUAUCCAACUACGAGAUCAAUAGGGUUCUGAAGGAGCAAUCCCCGGAGGUCAUUUACAACAAAGCAUCUGGAGUAAAUUGGAUUUCAUGGGAUAAAGAUCAAUGGGUUUCAUAUGAUGACGGGAGAACGUUAAAGCAGAAGGCAGAUUUUGGGAACAAGCUAUGCUUGGGGGGAACAUUUGCCUGGGCCAUUGAUCUUGGGGGCCCUGGCACAUUAAAAAAUCCGAAUGACUUGAGCGUGAACGAUACUGUACUUGAUGGUGCUGACCCGGAGGGUAGAGAUAAUUUUCAAGAAACAAGAUCCAAUCAUCGCAUGCGUACCCCCUUGCACCUUUAUUAUGCCUCCUAUCUCCUUUUCUACUCCCACUACGAUCUCCCUCCCUCCUUAUACAACAUCUUUAGAAGUUGUUUGGCCAACUACACAGUUGGUUACGCUUCCUGGAGGUUCAAUGUCAGCUUCUACAGGUCUGGCAAGGACAGUCCAAACGACGACGCUUACAAUCCCUCCUAUUACGACUUCAGAGAUCAAUUUAUGGAACUGGAAGGUUACUGA